CGUUCAGGAGCAGACGGACGAGGAUCCUGGGCAUCUUCCCCUCGAACAUGAAUUUCCCUCACAUCUUUAAAGUCAUCUCAGUUCUGUCAAUGCUAAGCAUCGUUUGUGAAGCCACUUCGGCCGGACGCAAGGUCGAACCGCUGUUCCCAACCCUGAAGAACAUAACCUGCUUCCAAUGUCAUUCAGAAAGAGACGGGCCCAUGUGCUACAAUGAGUCACAGUUCUCGGCCAACGAGUCGAUGGUCUGUCAACAAAGUAUAGUCAAAGGAGGAGGGUGCGCGGUGUUCAGAUUCGACACAUCGGAACAAGCGACAGGAGUCCGGAGGCAUUCGAUAGAACGUAAAUGCGUCGAUAGAUGCAAGCCCGAUUGUGUGGUCGUCGGUGAACGCCACAAAUUGCAUCUAUGCACAUCCUGUUGCAACACAACGCUAUGUAAUGUCGGAGAUGGGGGACCACCGAUCACCAUGACCUCGCCCUUUGUUAUUUUUGGAUUCACUGGUGUGUCAUUGGCGUAUCGAAAUCAUUGGACGGUAAUCUAA